GCCGAGCGGUUUCUGGUCACUUUUGUGCAAAGAACAUUUUUUGCUUUUGUGUUUGAAAUCCACCGAGGAAAUGCCUGAUCUGCCGAAAACAGUCCCCAAGAAGGAAACAGCCGCCAAGAAGGGCGCAAAGAAAGCUUUGCCGAAAUCCGCAGGCAAAGGGGGCAAGAAGCGCAGGAGGUCGAGGAAGGAGAGUUACUCCAUCUACAUCUACAAAGUGAUGAAGCAGGUUCACCCAGAUACCGGCAUCUCCUCCAAGGCCAUGGGCAUCAUGAACUCGUUCGUCAACGAUAUUUUCGAGCGCAUCGCGGGCGAGGCUUCCCGCCUGGCGCAUUAUAACAAGCGGGCGACCAUCAGUUCCCGAGAGAUUCAGACCGCCGUGCGCCUGCUUCUUCCCGGGGAGCUGGCCAAGCACGCCGUGUCGGAAGGGACAAAGGCGGUGACCAAGUACACCAGUUCCAAAUAAACAUCCACACAUUGUAGAAAAAACACCGAAAGCCCAACGGCCCUUAUAAGAGCCACCCACAUUUUCGCAGAAAGAGUUGUACUAAUGUUUCAACAUUGAAUCGCAGCAGAAUUUUUUCAGGAUAUUUCUGUUUGGCGAAUUAUUUCCCAUUCCAUUUAGUGAUUACAUGUUCCAAUAUACGCGGGAUAUUCCCGGUAUCCAUGUUGCGUUCUUGUCCAUCAAACAGAAGUAAAACUCCUUUCCACUUUUCAACAUAAUUGUAUAAGGGGCAAUAAUUGUAUAAGUGUUGUAAAAACAAGCCUAAAGGCUUUGUGUCUCAAUGCAAGGAGGAUUCGUAAUAAGGUGGAUGAGUUGAAUGUGCAGAUAGCUAUUAAUGACUAUGAUAUAGUUGGGCUCACGGAGACAUGGCUCCAGGGUGACCAAGGCUGGGAGCUGAACAUCCAGGGAUAUUCAAUAUUCAGGAGGGAUAGAGAGAAAGGAAAAGGAGGUGGGGUAGCGUUGCUGAUUAGAGAGGAGAUUAACGCAAUGGAAAGGAAGGACAUUAGUUUGGAGGAUGUGGAAUCGGUAUGGGUAGAGCUGCGAACACUAAGGGGCAGAAAACGCUGGUGGGUGUUGUGUACAGGCCACCUAACAGUAGUAGUGAAGUUGGUAUCAAACAGGAAGUUAGAAAUGCGUGCGACAAAGGCAAAACAGUUAUAAUGGGUGACUUCAAUCUACAUAUAGAUUGGGUGAAUCAAAUUGGCAAGGGUGCUGAGGAAGAGGAUUUCUUGGAAUGUAUGCGGGAUAGUUAUCUAAAUCAACAUGUAGAGGAACCAACGAGAGAGUAGGCUAUGAGACGUGAAUUGGCCAAGAUUGACUGGCAAUUAAUUCUAAAAGGGUUGACGGUGGAUAUGCGAUGGAAGACAUUUAAAGACUGCAUGGAUGAACUACAAAAAUUGUUCAUCCCAGUUUGGCAAAAGAAUCAAUCAGGGAAGGUAGUACAUCCAUGGAUAACAAGGGAAAUCAGGGAUAGUGCCAAAGCGAAGGAUGAUGCGUACAAAUUAGCCAGAAAAAGCAGCAUACUGGAGGACUGGGAGAAAUACAGAGACCAGCAGAGGAGGACAAAGGGCUUAAGUAGGAAAGGAAAAAUAGAUUAUGAGAGAAAACUGGCAGGGAACAUAAAAACUGACUGCAAAAGUUUUUAUAGAUAUGUGAAAAGAAAGAGAUUAGUUAAAACAAAUGUAGGUAUCUUGCAGUCAGAAACAGGUGAGUUGAUCAUGGGGAACAAGGAUAUGGCGGACCAAUUGAAUAACUACUUUGGUUCCGUCUUCACUAAGGAAGACAUAAAUAAUCUGCCAGAAAUAGCAGGGACCGCGGGUCAAAGGAGUUGGAGGAAUUGUGUGAAAUCCAGGUCAGCCGGGAAGUGGUGUUGGGUAAAUUGAAUGGAUUAAAGGCCGAUAAAUCCCCAGGGCCAGAUAGGCUGCACCCCAGAGUACUUAAGGAAGACGCUCCAGAAAUAGUGGAUGCAUUAGUAAUAAUCUUUCAAAACUCUUUAGAUUCUGGAGUAGUUCCUGAGGAUUGGUGGGUAGCACACGUAACCCCACUUUUUAAGAAGGGAGGGAGAGAGAAAACGGGGAAUUACAGACCAGUUAGUCUAACAUCGGUAGUGGGGAAACUGCUAGAGUCAGUUAUUGAAGAUGGGAUAGCAGCACAUUUGGAAAGUGGUGAAAUCAUUGGACAAAGUCAGCAUGGAUUUACGAAAGGUAAAUCAUGUCUGACAAAUCUUAUAUAAUUUUUCGAGGAUGUAACUAGUAGCGUGGAUAGGGGAGAACCAGUGGAUGUGGUGUAUCUGGACUUCCAGAAGGAUUUCGACAAGGUCCCACAUAAGAGAUAUGUAUACAAACUUAAAGCACACGGAUUUGGGGGUUCAGUAUUGAUGUGGAUAGAGAACUGGCUGGCAAACAGGAAGCAAAGAGUAGGAGUAAACGGGUCCUUUUCACAAUGGCAGGCAGUGACUGUGGGGUACCGCAAGGCUCAGUGCUGGGACCCCAGCUAUCUACAUUACUAAAACUCAGUUCUUGACCGCUUUUCCCGAUCUGUGCUGCGAUUUCCGAGAGAACGCCGCCAUCUACGGCCGUCAUUUUUGGCCACCUCUCUCAGAGCCCCCCUCGGCCUCAUGUGUGCCGAGGAUUUUUCCCCUCGAUGAAAUAUGAGCGAGAUAUUAAUGUUUUAAAAUCAUUCCCCAUUCUCUCUGCUGCCGCUGGCGGCAGGGGAGGGAGCGGCUAUAAAACCCGGAAGCGUCCCGCUUCAAUCACUUUCUUGCCGGCCACGAAGUGAAAGGGUCACGGCUCACUGAGCUGCAGCUCUGCUCCAGACUUCACUGCCAGCCCACGAGCCUUGAGGUAGUGAACUGCCAGCCCACCAGCUGUAAGUGACUGAACUGCCAGCCCAAUAACCCAUUCAGUCCACCCUCUUCAUCCUCCUCUCUUACAGUCUCACCUGUUUUGGGCAGAAUUUCUGGCAGUUUCUCAGCCGCCAGCCUGCCAGGUCCGAGUGAUUGUACUGAGCUGCCAUCCCUCAGUGACUGAGCUGCCAGCCCUCAGUGACUGUU